AUGUGGACUUCAACGCCUUGUCUUAAUUUGUCGAGUGAUGAUUUCCGUAAUCUGGCACGGUUCAUGGAUAUUGUUCUGUAUGUCCUACUCCGCGUAAAUAAUCAAACACAAGUUCAUUCAGUCCAUCUCAGUUUUAGUGGAAAAGAGACGUCAGUGUUCUAUAAAAGCCUUAUGAACGAUGAUCUCCUGCGUAAUGUCCAGCAAUUAACUUUUACAUUUACAUCAUUUCCUAGUAAGACUACAUUCCCUGAUCUUUCUCAUUUCAAUUGCAAGUCUCUCAAUCAUCUCACUAUGGCUGGAUGUAGUAAUUCGUGUAUGAUUUCACUCAAAUCAAGUUUUUCUCUUCCAUCAUUGACAACAUUAUAUCUCGAUUUUAUCAACCUGUAUGAUCAUAAUAUUGAUAAGGACACUGGCCUUUUCUGCAAGUGUGCAAACUUGAUGACUCUGACAAUAAGAACUUGCAAAAUGAUGGGAUCAAAGGGUUUCAGUAUCAGUCAUCCGCGACUUUCUAAUCUCACACUUGUAGACGUAAAUUCUAAUGGCAAUGUCGUCAAUGUGGAUGCACCUCAACUCAAGAAUCUGACUGUUAUAAACUGCAUUGGGGAACAUCUGAUUUCCGCACCCAGCCUUGGCUUCUUGCACUAUAAUGCUUACACUCCCAGUCUCUUAUUUACAGACGGUUUACCUUCUUUGGAGAAGGCGAAUCUUUGUAUUUACAAACCAUUCAUGGGAGAUGCUCCUAAAAUUGUGUGCCUGCUUCGACAACUCCACACUGUCAAAUUUCUGACACUUAACUUAGGAAUCAUUGAGCUUCUUUCUUCAUAUAUGACAGUAAAGUCCAAGAAACCUUCUCCGUUUACCAACUUAAAGAGCUUAAAUGGCCUCCCAGAAAGUGCAUUCGGGUAG